AUGGGCAAUUCUUCGGCAGUUUAUAAAAUGCGCGAUCCUGUGCCCGAUGAAAGUCGAAACCUAAAUCAAUUUAUUUCCACAUCUAUACUACAUCAUUUGUACGAAGAUGCUAUCAAGCGCAACUUAGAGUUAUCCGAACAAACCGAUGACCCUCACGCCAAUUUGUUGUUAGGAUAUUACUACCAUCAUGGAUACGGUAUGAAUAAGAGAGAUUUAAAAAAGUGCUUUCAAUACUAUCAACGUUCCGCUAAACAGCAACAUCCUACCGCGCAAUACCUCCUCUAUCAAUUAUUUGUUAGCAAGUCUUCAUCACAGAAAGCAUUAUGGAUCAAAGCCGUUUCUGAUAAACAACUGGUACGAUUAAAAGUGCCCAUGUACGUUAAUUCAGCAUCCAAAGAUAUAUGCAGUUCACCAGCCCACAAGGAACUCAAACACAGGAUAUCAAACUCGACUUUAUGGAAGAAAGAAAUUAUGAAAUUAAAGCAUUCGAAGAAACGCCUGAUUGAAAGCAAUCGUGAUAGAAUUAUUGAAGAUAGACCAACAUUAUACAAUGAGUAUGGCUAUUUGUUGUGGAUAUUGAAUGAGAAUAAGGAUGUAGAGCAAUAUCAAGCUGCUGCUAAUUACUUUAAAAAAGCCGGGGAUAUGGGUAAUCCCAGCGGCUAUUAUAACAUUGCCAAUAUUAUUCAUCAUGUCGGUAACCUGAUAGGUAAGCAAGCUGAGGAAGCCCGACAAUAUUUAAUUCAGGCUGCUGAAAAUGGUCACGCCCGUGCUCAAUUUUUAUUAGGUUAUCAAGCUUUUUAUUCCAAAGCAUCAAAUGACGACCUUGAUGAUAACUAUAACGUAGCCUUUAACUACUUAGGUAUGUCGUCAAGAUUCCCUUAUGCAGAUACUUUAUGUUUAUUGGGUCAACUACAUUAUCAUGGCUUAGGAGGGAUUCGACAAAAUUUUACACUAGCGAUAGAACUUUUUGAGAAAGCGGUCACAGCGGUUGAUUAUGAAAAUCAUGAUGGAAAAAUAUUAGGUAAUUUUUUACUAGGAUUUAUGUACGAAAAAGGUAUCGGCGUUGAAAAAGACUUCGUGAUCGCCGCACAUCAUUAUGCAAUUGCUGCUAAAAUGAAUUACAGCAUGGCAAUGUGUCGUCUCGCCAAGUUAGUAGAAAAAGAUAGGCUUCCAAACUCUGAUAUUACGAUAGCAAUACAAUACUAUAACACUGUUGCGGAUUCUAGCGAUCAUGAUGCUGCAAGCUAUGCAUACUAUAGGCUGGGAAAGUUGUACUUCGGAGGCAAAUUGACUGAUAUGCGUGAUCAAAACAAAGGAAAUCAGUGCUUCCGGGCAGUACAGGCAAAUCAAUUUUUUUCAUCGAAAAUUAAUAAGAGAACUACCACUUGGUCAGAUUAUCAUAUUGGUCGGAUGCACGAGAAUGCUUUAGGCAUGGUAAACGACGAAAGGUUAGCCUGCGAUUUAUACAAAGACGUGGUGCAAAAAGCUAGAAGCACCUAUAGCAUCAUAGGUCGCCACUAUAUGGAAAAGGCAAUUAGAAGAUUGAAUAAGUUAGGGUUUCCUAUCGAUGAAGCUUUAAGAGCCGACCCUGUUUACGAGAUAAUCACUGACUCUGAUCCAGCAAAGGCUCAAGUAAUCAACCAUCCUACAUUCAGGCAACCUGACACUCCAGAUUGCAUUCGAAUUGAGGAAAAUCAAGCCUACGAACUAGAUAUGAACGAGUUAUUAGCAUCAAAGUGA